UCCUUAGUUGCCAAAACCAGCUGUGGCACUAGAGAAGAGAAAUCGAAAACUAUAUUGGAAAAAAAAAUUCAGCCGGGCACAGUAUUAUUACCAAAUCCAAAACCGAAUUUAUUUUUUCGCACCAAAUCGUUUUGCAAACAAGUCGGUAUCCAAUGGACAUGCACUUUCAGUACAAGAAGGAUCACACCUUCGACAGGCGUCGCAACGAGGGCGACAAAAUCCGACGCAAGUACCCGGACCGUGUUCCAGUGAUUGUCGAAAAGGCGCCGAAGACCCGCCACCCUGAGCUGGACAAGAAGAAGUACCUGGUUCCAGCUGACUUGACAUUGGGUCAGUUCUACUUCCUUAUUCGCAAGCGCAUCCACCUUCGUCCGGACGACGCACUUUUCUUUUUCGUGAACAACGUUAUACCUCCAACGUCGGCCACUAUGGGAGCCCUGUACCAGGAACAUAAGGACAAGGACUACUUUCUCUACAUUUCUUACUCCGAUGAGAAUGUCUAUGGGCAUGGGCAUCAAUAAUCGAUUUAAGUUUAGUUGUCACUUUGUUCCAUUCGCGAGAUCCUCAAUAAAACACAAUGACGGGCCCUAACCCAUAUGAGCAGCCAAAA